AUGAAGAUCUCUCUCUCCUCAUGGCUCGCAGCAGCCUGCAUCUUCCCCACUGCUCUUGCUUUCCCCCAGUUGAGCCCUGAACAGCUGGAGACCUAUCGAAGACAGGUCGAGAGGAACGCCGCACCUGAAGCAUGCCCCUUCGCUGCUGAGCGUGAGAAGCGCGACGCAGAGGCCGACUGCCCUUUCGCAAAGAAAGAGAAGCGAGCUGUCAAGUUUGAUGCCAAGAAACAGCGCGUCAGCGUCUCUGGCGAGCAUCAGUGGAAGGCGCCCAACUUCAAACUGGGUGACCAGCGAGGUCCUUGUCCGGGUCUCAAUGCCUUGGCCAACCAUGGCUAUCUUCCCCACAACGGAGUCGCAGACCUGCAGACCAUUAUUCAGGCCACCAACGAGGUCUACGGCAUGAGUCUUGACCUCGGCGGCUUCUUGGCCGUUUAUGGUACCGUUAUCGACGGUAACCCGCUCUCCCUUAACCCCGGCUACUCCAUCGGCGGCCCAAGCAAGUUCAGCCAGAACAUCCUUGGCGGAGGUGGUAUCCUUGGUACACCCUCUGGCCUUAGUGGCAGCCACAACAAGUACGAAUCUGACGCGAGCGCCACUCGCGCUGAUCUCUAUGUGACUGGAAACAACUACCACGUGGUCAAGAGCCGCUUCGAAGAAUACUGGCGCGCCAUCAAGCCCAACACUCCUGCUCCCAAGCAGUACGAGGCGCUGGCGCCCUUCCACAGCAAACAGUUCGACGACUCGGUAAAGACCAACAGCCACUUCUUCUUCUCGCCCUUCGCCGGAAUUCUGGUCUCACCUGCUGCGUAUGCCUUCCCCCCGCGAAUGAUGGCGAACCACUCCAAGGAGUACCCCGAGGGAUAUCUCUCUCGCGAGGUAUUCACCAGCUUUUUCGGAGUCAAGGGCAGCAAGCCCGGCAACUUCCAGGUCAACCAGGGCUGGGAGCGCAUUCCCGAGAACUGGUAUAAGCGUCCUGUUGGCGAUGACUACUCCAUCCCCGACUUCCUCAUCGACGUUCUCGCGCACGCUGCCAAGUACCCCAAGCUUCUGAGUUUCGGUGGAAACACCGGAAAGCCCAACAGCUUUGCGGGCGUGGACAUCAAGGAUCUCACUGGCGGUGUCUUCAACACUGCUAACCUGCUCAAGGGCAACAACCUCGAGUGCUUCGUUAUGCAGAUUAUCAUGGCUGCUGCCCCUGACUUUAUUGGCAGCCUAUUCACUGACCAAAAGAAGGCUCUCCGGCCUUUGUCGGAUAAGCUCGCCCAAGAGCUUGCCGGAAAGAGCUGCCCCAGACUGCAGAAGGUGAACAACAAGCUGUUCAAGAAGUACCCUGGUUAUACCGAGAAGUACGGCACCUAUGCUGGUAUUUCUAAGGGAGGUCUUAUCGGUAUCAUUGACACCACUAAGGGAGUCCUUGGUGGCCUGUGGCCGACUGGCAAGAAAUAA